AUGGUAAGACGUGUGAUUGUGUUAUUACUAUUAGGAAUAGUGCUUGGAUUACAACCAUAUGAAGCUGAUUUCUUAAUGUUUGAUUAGGAUGGGGAUAAAGUGCUUAAAUAUGAUGAAUUAAGAGCUCAAUUUCCUACUUAGAACCCAUAUAACACAGCUGAUUUUGUUGCUUAAUUCUUUCUAGAUUAUGAUUCCAAUGGAGGUAUAUUACAAUAAUCAUAUGUUAAUUAGAUAAAAUCAUUGAAUUCAAAGAAUAUUCAACCAAAAGAGAAUAAUAAAAAUUAGAAUUAGAAUAAUAAUAGCAAUCCAUAAGUUCUAUGUAUCAUGACGAUUUAUGAUUUUUAAACAGUAUUUUAGUUUACGC